UUUAAAACGCGUGUUUUCGCCUGGGCCACUGAAGGGCAAGUUAGGCAAAGGUGUGUGAGAGCUGAGCGCCCUGCUUGCCCCUCUGCAGCCGUUACAGAGAGCGUUACCUCGCAUCGCUCCGAAGUUGACCCGCACUACCUUGCAUCACUUCCAUCACUGGUUCAAACCAGUCCUGCACAGCUGGAGGAAUAACAAUGCUACUCUUCACGCCGAUGUCAGACAAGUGACGGCCACCGCCAGAUGUUUCUUGUUCCAUGGGCGCGUAAAUUCCUGUCAUAAAAGAAAACAUCAUUCCCACGAGAAAUGAAAGAAAUGGAGCUCCCUGUGAACGGAUGUAUUCUCUUUGCUCAAUUGAGUUUGGUUUUGGUGUGGAAUGUUUGUUCUUCGUUACCAACUGAGAUCGACGCGAAGCUUCAACACAAUAAUGACAUCGUCAUUGACAUCCUGGAUGUUCUGAACAUCACCCGCUCGCCUCAAUGGGUCACUGUGACCGAAGGCCGUGACCCUGGGGUGACAGCCUGGCAUUUUCACUCCCACACGUCACAGCAGACUUUGCCGCGGAAUAUCACCCUCCACCUGCGUAGUGCCUUGCAAGGCUCCCUGGGCCUGCACCUGGUGGGCCGGCAGGCCAGCGGCGCCGAGGCCACACUCAUCUCACUGCACGCAGCAGGGAGACGGAAGAGGCUCAGGGAGCCCCUGCUACACCUCACUUCCAGCACCCGUGAGGGCUGGCUGCGGCUGGAAUUCCGCUCGGAGAAGGGCCUGAAGACAGAGUUGCUGACCCUGCCGGGUGGCAACCCCUUCUCGGGUGGAGGCUGGGUGAAGAUGGCACUGAGUUUGGAACCCAGACGGGUGCUGCUCUUUGUGGAGUGCAGGGAGGCAACGUUGGUGGAGCUGCCUGCAGAGGGCCCGACACUGAGCCUGGAUUUCCCUCGUGACUUAACUAUUACCUUCUCCAGCACUGCAGGAAACAAGGCCAGCAGGUUCACUGGCAGCUGGCAGACUGCAGAGCUUAUCCCUAAGGCAUACCAAAGGCGCCCGUGGCAAUGUGACAACAUAACAGAGCCUACAUCGAGAACAGUGUUGCCCCCUCCUCCUAAGUCUGUGGACUCAGAGGAGCGUGUAGCGCAUGUCCAGCCAGACUAUGUGAGUGAAAUGGGGUUCCAGAGGGAUGCAGAGUACCACUGGGCCCCUAAAGAGCAGAAAAAGAAGCGUAGAAGCCUGGAGGAUGCGGUUCACAGAGUCAGCACCAUACUGAGGAGGCUCAAAGCUCAGAAUGAGGACCUUCAGGCACGAGUGCAGCGUUUGGAAUCAUGUGAGUGUGUGCAGAAGACUGUAUGUAUGUGGGAAGGCCGUGAGCAGCAGGAGGGUUCUCGCUGGGCACCUGACCACCAAACCAUGUGCUCAUGCACCUCAGGGAGAGUCCAGUGUACCACCUCAAAUGAGUGCAAUUAUGAAGGCAGAACAUACAGCAAUAAUGAAGUCUUCCGCCCACAUCCCUGCUCCAAGUGUGUAUGUGAGAAUGGCCACGCUGAGUGUCAGCAGGUACACUGUCCUACUCUGUCCUGUACUGCAACCUUUGUUCCUGAAGGAACAUGCUGCUCUGUUUGUCAAUCAGCAUGUGAUGUGGAUGGCCGACCCUACAACGGCUCCUUUAGCACCAGCGACGGCUGCCGGACAUGCUCCUGCCAAAAUGGUGACCUCUCGUGUGUUGACGUGCAGAGGUGUCCUCAAUCCUGUCGUGAUGGCGUAAAGCCUCCUUUUGGCUCCUGCUGCAGAGAUUGCUCCCGAUGUGAAUUUCAGGGGGAGAUCCUUCUUGACGGCGUCUCCUACAUUGAUAGCCAUGUUCCUUGCAAGCGCUGUGCCUGCAAUGAGGGGAAUGUAAUAUGUAGCAGUAUGCCUUGCCCCACUCAUGAUUGCAACUUGUUGGAAACUGUUGGAGGAGAAUGUUGUCCCAGAUGUCGAAGUUGUGUCCACCAAGGCCAACGCUACCAACAUGGCUUCCAAUGGCAAUACCCAGAUAACCCCUGCAGUGUCUGUAUAUGCUUAGAGGGGCAUGUUCAGUGUAACCAGCAGGAGUGUAACCUCCCAUGUAGGAACCCCUCCUCUCCUGAGCCUGGAGCCUGCUGUCCUGUCUGUGAUGACUGUGCCAUAAAAGGACAGAAUUUCCGAAAUGGGGAGCAAGUACCCAGUGAUGAUCAGUGUGAGCAAUGUGUGUGUGUGAGUGGAAAUGUGCAGUGUGAGCGCCGCCCCUGUCCCGCCACAUCUUGCUCUCACCCUAUCAUGAAAGCAGGAGACUGUUGCCCACGGUGUGAGCAAUGCAAUUUUGAAUCUGAGGUGUAUUUGGAUGGACAAAGGUUUGGGUCCAAAACGAAUCCCUGCUUGAGUUGUCACUGUUUAGCUGGAGAAGUGGUGUGUGGAGAGUCUACAUGUUCUGUUUUUCAUUGCACACACCCAGCUAAACAACAAGGCGAGUGUUGCCCCACAUGUGACUUCUGUGAAUAUGAAAGAAAAUUGUAUGCUGAUGGGACAGUUUUCCACCCCCAAGAAGCCAGCCCCUGCCUAAUGUGUACCUGUGAGAUGGGUAGUGUAAGAUGCCAUGAGGAGAGAUGCCCUCCCAUCCAUUGUGCUAAUCCAACCAGAGAGCCCAAUAUCUGCUGCCCCAUCUGCAAAGUGUGUGUGUUGGAUGGUGUUAAGUAUGAGGAGGGGUCAGUGUGGGUUCCUGGGAAUGAUCCCUGCACUACAUGCUCUUGUCAGGAGGGGAAGGUGCUGUGUGGAACCUCAGCGUGUCCUCGUGCAUUAUGCACUCACCCCAACAAAGAACCUGGUCAGUGCUGUGAAUCUUGUCAUCACUGUCUCUUCAAACACAGCGUUUAUGAGAAUGGACAGACAUUCUCUGACCCAGAUGAACCUUGUCAGAGGUGCACAUGUCAGGACGGCUCGGUGCACUGUGCUGAAGUUCAGUGUCCAACCCCACCCUGCUUGAACACCCCAUCUGGACAAUGCUGCCCCCAGUGUACAGUCUCAGUCUGUGAAGUCCUUGGGGAUGUGUUUGUUAAUGGUGAGACGUUCCCAAACCCUGUGAACCCGUGUGAAGAGUGUGUGUGUAGAGAGGGGCAGGUGGACUGCCAUCAUGAGUGUCCCAGAGCCCACUGCCAUUAUCCUGUCUCAGGAAGCUGCUGCCAAAACAACUGCAAUGGUUGUAAUUAUGCAGGUAAGGAUUAUCCAAACGGCAUGGACUUUUCUCACCCAACAGACAAGUGCAGGGAAUGCCAUUGCAUUAAUGGUAAUGUCCAGUGCUUGAGGAAGAGAUGUCCUCCUGUCCCCUGCAGUGAGCCAAUCACAGAAGCAGGAAACUGCUGUCCUCAGUGUCCAGUACCCCCGGCUGACUGUCAUUUUGAAGGACACUCAUACAGACACGCCCAGCACUUCUACCAUCCCACUGACAGCUGCCAGUCUUGCUCCUGCACCGAUGGGACAGUGAACUGCCACCGUAGACCCUGCCCCACAGCCCUCUGUAUCCACCCGGUGCAGCAGGAUUGUUGUCGCACAUGUGAUGGCUGCCUGUACAAUGGCAUGGAACACGCUAAUGGGGCAAUGUUUGCAGACAUCUCAGACCCUUGCGGCAGGUGUGUGUGUCGCGAAGGCACAGUGACGUGCGAGAGGAGGCACUGUCCUCAGGCCAACUGUCCUCAUCCUAAUCAGGGACAGUGCUGUCAGAACUGUGAAGGUUGUAAUUAUGUCGGUGUGCAGUAUUUGAAUGGUCAGGAGUUUCCAGAUGCCACAGAUCCCUGUAACCAGUGUGUGUGUACGAAUGGUCAUGUGACCUGCCAUCGCAAGCCCUGCUAUAACCCAGGCUGCUCUCACCCAGUCACCGUGCCUGGGCACUGCUGCCCGGUGUGUGAGGGCUGUUUGCUUGAUGGUGUGGUGUUGUAUAAUGGACAGACACUACCAGACAGCUCAGACCCCUGUAAUGACUGCACGUGCUGGGCCGGCUCAGUGCAGUGUGUAAGAAGAGCUUGUGUUCCUGCUCCUUGUCCCCAUCCUGUUAGUGGUCCAUGUGGCUGCCCGGUCUGUGAAGGGUGUCACUUCCAUGGAGGAGACCAUGCUGAUGGAGAGAUAUUUACAGCACCUAAUGCAGACUGUACGGAAUGUGCAUGUACUCAGAAAGGUGAGGUGAAGUGUAGCUCUAAGUCCUGUUCUAGGCCAACAUGCCACCACCCAGUGACGGACCUGUGUGGCUGCCAAGUGUGUGAUGGCUGCAAUUUCCAUCAGCGACAGUGUAGCAAUGGAGAGCGCUUUCCUGAUCCCUGGGACCACUGCCAGCACUGCACCUGCCAGAAUGGUGAUGUCUCGUGCGAUUCCAGGUCAUGUCCUGAAGUGUCAUGCGGGAGCCCAGUAAUACCUGCAGGAGAAUGCUGUCCUGUAUGUACAGGUGUGUGCGAGCACCUUGGAGAGAGGUAUGAGAGUGGCUCCACCUUCACCUCGGCCAAUGACCCCUGCUCAUCCUGCAUAUGCCUGAAUGAAGUCAUCUCUUGCCAGAAGAGGCAGUGUGCAGAGUGGUGCACGCACCCGUUGCGGUCUACAGACUGUUGCCCAGUGUGUGAUGCAUGCUUGUAUGAAGGAGUACAGUAUACACACAUGCAGACGUUCACAUCUCAGUCUGAUCCAUGUCAGCAGUGUGUGUGCAUGCAAGGCAGUGUCUCAUGCACUCCAGAAAUCUGCCCUCCACUCUCCUGUCAUAAUGCUGUUGUUUCUCCAAGGAGGUGUUGUGCCACAUGCAGAGAGCCCUCUGGGUGUGUGCAGCACGGUAUAGAAUACAGGGACGGUCAGAGGUGGAAGGCCUUCACUACCCCUUGCACCCAGUGUACCUGCCUGGCUGGUGAGGUGAUGUGUGUUGGUUCUCAGUGUGCAAAGCUGAGCUGCAUUCACCAGGUCAUUGAUCCAGACUCCUGCUGCCCGCGCUGUCGAGGCUGUAUGAACAAUGGGAUUGAGCAUCAAGAGGGCAGCAAGUGGUUCGACCCACAUGGGCCCUGCAUGUCCUGCAUGUGUGUGAACGGUGUGACCACCUGCUCAGAGAUCCAGUGCCUGUCCACUUGCCUCGACCAGAUGACUGUGCCAGGAGAAUGCUGUCCUCUGUGUGCAGACUGUGUCUACGAUGGCCAUGUGUAUGAACCAGGGGAGACCUUUCAUCCAUCUGAUGAUCCCUGUCAGAUCUGCAUCUGCGAGGUGAUGUCAGACAGACAGCAGCACUUGCGUUGCUACAGGAAACAAUGCCCCAGCCUGGUGGACUGUCCCAAACACAGCAUCCUAUUCAGUGGACCCGAGUCGUGCUGCCCAGUGUGUGCACAACCUUUUAGCAAUUGCACAGCGACACUGAUUGGAAAUGAAGUCCUAGCCACAGAUGACCCCUGCUUUACCUGUCAGUGCAAGGAUUUAACAUGGACGUGUACCCAUAAGGCCUGCCUCCCACUCAACUGCCCUCCAAAUAAACAAUACACUCCUCCUGACUCCUGCUGCCCUGUCUGUGAUGUGUGUGUGCUGGAGGGGGGGAGGGGACAGAUGUCCAACGGCGAGAGCUGGACAGACAGUGAAGAUGAGUGCAUCACCUGCUCCUGCAAUCUGGGGCACAUAGAGUGUAAUAUAGAGGAGUGUGUGCCAAUCAUCUGCCAGGAAGGACUAGUCAAGGUGAAAAGCCCAGGGAAGUGCUGUUACGAGUGCCAAGAAUCCAGUGUGCAGUGUGUAUAUGAUGGGAAGGUAUAUAACGCUAAUGAUCACUGGGAGCUGAAUGAGUGCACUUCCUGCACCUGUGUGUCUGGAGACGUGCAUUGCCAGACUGAGAGAUGCCCUGCAGCAUCUUGUGCCUCUGAUGAGACUCCUUCUCUUAUUCCUGGGAUGUGUUGUCCUCAUUGCAUCCCCCGCCCUGCUACCUGUAUUGUGUUCGGAGACCCUCACUACCGCACGUUCGAUGGGAAGAUGGUGAACUUCCAGGGGGCGUGUACAUAUGUCCUGGCCCAGGACUGUGAGGGUGGAGACUUCAGUAUUCACGUGACUAACAAUGAGCGGGGUCGUAAGGCUGUGUCCUGGACUGAAGAGGUCACUGUGUUCAUUGGUGAUGUAGUUGUGCAGCUGCUGCAGGACUGGGUUGUGAAGGUUGAUAAUCAAACUGUUACUCUGCCAUUUCUUAAAGAGCCAUAUGUGUACCUGGAGCAAAAAACCAACACCAUACUCCUCAACACUAAUAUUGGCAUGAAGGUACUGUGGAAUGGGCGCUCUCAUCUCGAGGUGAGUGUUCCAGGCACCUAUAAGAAACGCAUGUGUGGCCUGUGUGGGAACUUCAACAACUAUCCCCAAGAUGACAUGAGGCUACGCAACGGACAAAUCAGCUCCUCUGAGGCAGCCUUCGGAAAUAACUGGAAGGUAGGCAGUGGGAACCACUCUACUGGCCAGUGUUCUGAUGCGAGGAACAUCAACCCCUGUAAACAAGCUGGCUAUACUGCCCGUAAGACAGCUAACAGCCGCUGCGGUAUGCUGAAGUCUUCGGUAUUCAAGCCCUGCUACAGAGUAGUACCGCCAGAGAUGUUCUUCGCUGCAUGUGUGUAUGACCUGUGUGCGUGCGCUUCCAAUGUGGACGACUGUCUGUGUGACAUCCUGGAGGCGUACGCGUCCGAGUGCCGUGAGGCUGGAGUCAUCCUGGACUGGAGAUCGCCCUCCCUCUGUGCGGUGGGCUGUCCCAUGGACCGCGGGUACGUGUUUGACGAAUGUGGGCCACCAUGUCCUAAGACCUGUUUCAACAAGGAUGUGCCACUGGGUGUGAUCGAGGCCCACUGCUUUAAGCCGUGCGUGCCUGGCUGCCAGUGCCCAGCUGGGCUGGUUGAGCACAACGCACACUGCAUCGCACCUGAAAAAUGCCCCAAAGUCAUCUACGGCAGCACCUGAGCACCAGCUGCUUAUCUGGACUCGUGAGAUACACACCAUCAGUCACUGUGGGUACAUUCGAAGACCAGAACUGGUGAACAUUUCAUGAAGCCCUCGUUCUUUACUCCACCUGCACUACAUGUAUUAAAACAUACAAAAUUAAGUAAAUAUUAAUUUAAAAAAUAUAGUGAUUUUACACUGAUGGUAUAAAUCAUCAAUAUUUUUUUAUUUAUUUCUGAUAAAGAAGAGCUGCAUGUUGGGUCCCUGUGUUCAGCAGUGGUUAGCUGCCAAUGACUAGAAUUCAUCUCCCCUGUAGUUAUAAGGAUUAGCCUGUGAUAUCUGACAGUCUUCUAAAUAAUUAAACAAUAUUUAGAGCACAUGUCAUCUUUCUUUGUGUUAAUAUUGGCCUUUGUAAUACUGAACUUGAUGAAAACUGUAUUAUGCAAAAUAGCCUUAUAACAAAUCUUUUUUUGUGUGUGCGUGUGCUAUGAGUAUCCUGGGCAGUCUCACACAUAACUGAUGCUCUGUCUUUAGUCAGGUGACAUCAAGCCUGUGGGCUUAGGACAUAGCAAGACAUAUGACUGGCACAAUAUGUAGCAGUAUAUUUACAAUAUUGUUGUUUUUUUUUGUCCUUAUUAUGAAGCUCUAGUGUCAAAGUAGUUGUGUCCUCAUCUGAAAUGAAACUAGAAGAGUGUAAAAGGCAGAGAUGUAUUGGAUCUUGAUGAAGAAAUGAUGUAUUAUGCACCAAAGAGCUCCCUGAAAAAGACUCAUAAGCUUUAUUUACCUUUAUCCACGACUAGCCACAGGCAAGUUUUACAUUUGUAAAACUAUAUAUUUUCUAUAUUUUUAUGGAACACUGUUAUUAAAUGGGCAUUUUUCUGCUACUGCACUGGUCCUUUUUCCUAACAAUCACUGUAUUUUUAUCACUGCAAUCUGUUCUGGAUUUACUGUGUAUCUUAUAUUAUUAAACAGCAUUGCAUUUGA